CGUCAUUAACACACGUGACUAGACUCAGCAUAUACAUGAGAGACAGCGUCAUAUAUCGUUUUGGAGGUAUCAAGACAGCAAGCCUUAUCUUGACCACAAAAACAAUAUUAUUCACAAUAACUAAUGAUGACAGUUUGGAAAAUAGUGAAUACCGAAAAAUACUUGCAAUAUCACUUUGAAUAAAAUGUAUAUCAUAUGAGAAGUGUAAUGUUUAUGGAAAUCCAUGGCAUCAGAUUCAAUUGUUGCAAAGGGAGGGUGUGUGUGUGUGUGUGUGUGUGUCAGAGGGAGAGGGAGGAGGGGUCGUUGGAGUGGGUCUCUACUAAAUUAAUGUGGUCACACAAUAAAUUCAGAACAGUGACGGCAGUGGCUUUAAAAACUGAUAUGGCAACAAAAAUAAUCUACUUUACUGUGAAUGGAAGACCAGAGCAGGCAGAGUUUCCAGUGGAUUGCCCUGCCCAGGAUGUCAAAGAUCUGUUCCGCUCUGCAGCUGAGGCAGGACCCCAUGACAUUCUGAAGCUGUACAACCCUAAGGGCAACAUCAUCAACAUCUCCCCGCGCCUGGAGCCCAACAGUCCUAACUCCUGUUAUAAGCUAGAGGUGGUGGCUGCUGACUGCAACAGUGAGCCAUUAGGUGUGGAGCUUGCUGUGGCACUAGGAUUUGACCUCUCCUCCAUGGAGAAAAGACUGCAGGGCUUGGAGAAGAAGAUCCUGAUCGAGGCUGGUGAGACUCCUGCAGUCGUGUAUGAGAUGAAGAGACAGGUGGAGUCAUUUCGGGAGAAACUUGAGAGUGUUGAGCAUCUCAGCUGGCUGGGCCUAUUCAAAGAGCUAUCUGAGGGAACACAGAAGCCCUCUCCUUUCUACCACAAGAGAACACUGCGCAAGACCAGAGAGGAAUGUGAACAUGUACGGGAAAAGUUCCUACAGAUGAGUUCCCUGGAGGUUUCAGAGGAAGUGAGACAGUACCUCAAGACCCCAACUUUUGACAACUGGCAGUGGGAGGAUGCAGAGAUCAUGGUUCUACUGCAGGUCAUGUACACAGACCUGGAUUUCAUUGCCACCUUUAACAUAGAGCCUGAGGUGCUGCACCAGUUCCUGUAUGAGGUGUACAAACGCUACAACAACAUCCCCUUCCACAACUUCAAACACUGCUUCUGUGUCACCCAGAUGAUGUAUGGGCUGAUCUGGCUGACGGACCUGAAAAGUAAGAUUGACAGCAUUGACCUGCUCACCAUGCUGACCUCUGCAGUCUGUCACGACCUUGAUCACACGGGAUACAACAAUGCUUACCAGAUAAAUGCUCGUACAGAACUGGCCCUGCGCUACAAUGACAUUUCCCCCCUUGAGAACCACCACUGUGCUGUGGCUUUUGAGAUCCUGGAGAAGAAUGAAAACAACAUUUUCAGAAAUCUGACAACUGAACAGUAUAAACGGAUAAGAGAGGGCAUAAUCAAAUGCAUCCUGGCCACUGAUAUGACGAGACAUAACGAGAUCCUGAACAAAUUCAAGUCCAUCCUGCUUGUCUUUGACUUCAGCAACAAGGACCACAGAGACGUGCUGAUGAUGAUCAUGAUCAAAGUGAGUGACAUCUCCAACGAAGCACGGCCUAUGGAUGUGGCUGAACCCUGGUUAGACUGCCUCCUGCAGGAGUUCUACAACCAGAGUGACAAGGAGAAGCUGGAGGGUCUUCCUGUCACCCCGUUCAUGGACAGGGACAAGGUGACCAAGCCGUCCUCUCAGACAGGCUUCAUUGGCUUCGUCCUCUUACCCCUCUUCAUUGAGCUGGCUAACCUUUUCCCCUGCCUGGAGCAGCACAUCAUAGACCCGGUGCGUAAGGCCCUGGACUACUACACAGAGAUGGAGAAAGCCCUAGAGAGAGAGAAACUGAUCCGAGCACAAAGCGACAAGGCAGCUGCAGCCAAGAACACGACACCCCAGAACUUACAGAACCCUCAGAAAACAGCAAAUAGUCAGUCAGAGGCUGGGAAUGCCUUGAAACCACCCACUCUGUGAUGGCAAGCACUUAUAUGGUUCCUUUGGUCUUUGUAGAGACAAGGUAUUCACUAUGUCGUGUUACAGGAUUUGUCUGCUGUGUUUUGAUACAAAUGUUUUUCACUGCAUAUAUUCAGUUUUCAAAAUAUUUGCAUAUGAAUAAUGGUUAAUUACACAAUAUGACAUACAAGACAUACGAAGAAUCAGUGUGCAGUUAUGUUUUGUAUUAUUGAUAUGCUUAAACGAAAGACCAGAAGAGCUAUUAUUCAAACUGAAAAAUUGGGAUAAAGCUUAGUGGAUUUGUCUUCACUGAAAAUCUGGACUAUGGUUGUCAUCUAGUGGACAUGGAUGUUUUUCAUAUUGAUAAUGUAUAAAAAAGGACAGAAAUAACAGAUAUUAUAUUAAAUAUGUUUUUGCAUGUAUUGUACUUUUAGAUUUAAGUGUUCUACUUAGAGACAAAUAAAUGAACACAACAAACAAACAUUUCCUCUCGUUAUAUUCAUAUUUCAUAUUAUUCUGCAAUGUACAUUGUACAAUGGAUACAUUUUCAUUAUCUUGAUCAUUUGUAACUGGUUUCCACUAGAUGGCACUCGGCCACAGUCAAAAUUGGCUACUACAUUUAAGGUUAGGGUUCGGCAUAAGGGAUAGCAGUGUGGUUAAUGUUAGGGUUAAAAUCACAUUUUAAGAUGAUAAAUUGUAGAAAUAGGCGAAGUUUAUGACUUUGUGGCUGUGGUAACUAGUGACGACCUUUGGAACUGCAGUGAAAAACGUUGCGCAAAAUGCCGCAUUCAUAUGCUAGUCGGAACUAGGAAACGCGGAAAUGUUCAACUUUCCUAGUUCCGACAAGCUCCGAACGCGGCAAUAAUAGGAACGGGUGAAGUGAACAAUCGAUGAUGUAGGGAAAAUUUAAAAUUAUUCAUAAAUAUUAUCCUGCCAACCACUAUAUGAAGAAGUUUAAGGAAAACAAACUCAAAUUGCUCCUUUUGUAAUGACCAUCCAGAAACAGUUGUGCAUCUUUUUUUGGCAUUGUAUGCAUGUAAGAAAACUGUGGCAAGACAUCAGUAGGUUUAUAAUUGAACACAUUUAUGAAGAUUUUACACUAUUGUGGAGAGAUGUACUGUUUGGAUUCUUUUACAUACAACAGAAAUAACCGGAAUCAUUUUUAUGUAAUUAAUUUCAUUAUUCUUUUGGCCAAAUUUCAUAUACACAAAUGUAAAUUUACAAACAGAAACCCACAUUUUCGUACCCUACAAAAAGAAAUUGAACUGUAUUUUAAGACGGUUAAAUGCUCUACUAACAAAAAAGCUGUUAGAAUUGUAAGUAUAUGCAUGUCCCCAUAAUAUAAUAGAGACAGUAGAUCUAGCUGGUCUGUCAUAUUAUAAUAGAGCCUUAAGGUCCUUGUGUAAUUGUAAUGUGAUAUUGUACCCCCUAGCUCGAUUGUCUAUUGUUUGUAAUCUAUGUAUGCUUGUGUUCCCUCAUGUGCUUUAUGUAUUGAUUUGAUAUUAAUAAAAAUUAAAAAUUAAAUAAAAA